CGGUCACGGCUUGGCGUUGCUAUGGUCACAUUCCGGCAGUUGCACGGAAAACAUUUGGUGAAGUGGCGAAUUUAGGCGACGACCACCCGCCCUCAGCUCCAGGCACAGACCAGUCGAUCUUGGCGACUGCAGUUCCACAGUAACCAAUCAUCAACUGAAGGGGAAUAAUGGCUGACAAUAACAUCCAUAACCAAUCUGAGCAAUUUAAAACUACCUUAAACUUAAAAGAAGGAAAUUGUAACAGUAAACAACGGGAAACCUCACUGAUCCCUGGCCUUGGCUACAUGACAACUGGAGAGGAAAGAUUCCGAGGACGGCGUAAUGCUGUUUUGGAUUCUGAUUCAGAUUACGUGAAGUUGGCAAAACGAGGAGGUGUUCCAGAUCUACUAACUUUCGGUGGAUUGUCCCCAAAAUCAACAUGUAUUCCCCUCAAGAGACCUGAAUGGUUGACACCUGAAUCUUCACUGCAAGAAAACAAUCAGACAGUGCAAAUGAACCUUCCAGGUGACAUGUCUAAUGACAAAACUCAAGACAUGUCAGAGAGUGAGAAGUAUAAACCCUCCCCCACUCCCAUCGAAACAACUGAUACACAUUUAUGGGAGAAGGAAGAAAUUCAUGGUGACUCAGGAAACUGUAAGCCAGGGACUCCUGAAGUUGGUAAUAUGGGGCAACUGGACAAGAAUUUUCCACCUCAUCCUCAGAUGGAGGACAUGAUCUUAAAUGCUGAACCAAAACAAUGGACAAUGCAGUCUGGCAUACCAGCUAACACAAUGAGUUACAGAUUUUCCCGAAGAAAGGAACCUCCAGUUAGCAUGCAAAAGUUGCUAAGUUUUGGUUAUGCUGAUGAUUGGUUUUCAGAACGUGAGGAUGUGAAGAACAGCAAAGAACAAAAUAUGGAAGAACAUUCAGUUGCCGAGAAAACUGAAGUUUUGCCUGAGGAGAAUCAGUCCAUGUACAGAGGAAAGAGGAUGACUGGCAUCAGAGGAAAUGAAAAGAAUAAAGUUACUGGAGAAAAUGAUUCUUUCUUCAAAAUCUUUGGCGAACACAGGCCAAAAGAGAUUCGUCGAAGUGUGGAGAACCGUCUGCGGUCUGAGAUUGCUCUUGCCUGAAACUCUUGCCGACUAUGGAGGACGAUAAUAAAUAGUUUAAUAUAAAAAUUCUGAUUGAUUUUGUAGAACUGAAAUUUUUAUACUUGUCAUCAAUUGAUAUUUGAGAAAAUGUGUAAUACAUUGACAGGAACAAAUAAAAUGCUAUUCUUUCAUGCAAAA